AGUCGCGUAUUAUAAUCGGAUUUGGCAACUACACCAGAGCGUCGCAAUAUGAUGACGUCAUUUGGUGGCGUCAAAAACAGUUGCCACUCUGCUCGCUAAAGCACCUCCGGUGUGAACCCUGUCUUAUAAAGCAUAUAAACAAAAACACUUGUGUGGUUUUUUUAAUGUUUGACCCACACCUGUCAUUUUUCAGCGCACCGAGAGUUUUUAGCUGUUGUAGGUCUCGCCAUGAACUACGAUGAUGAUUUGACUGCAAGGUUUAAUUCAGAUCAACCCAACUUUAAUGUGGCGUCUGUUCCUGAUGGACUUUGCUGGGUGUCUAUCAUUUCUUGCCUGCUGCUCGCCUGUUCCUAUGUCGGAAGUUUAUACGUCUGGAAAAGCAAUUUACCAAGGGAUCAUCCUGCAGUGAUAAAGAGGCGUUUCACCAGUGUGCUGAUUGUGUCUGCUCUGUCUCCAGUCUUUGUGUGGGCAUGGAAAGAUUUUACAGGCAUCCAGCCUGGGCCGUCAUUAUUGGCCCUUAUGGGGAUUCGGCUGGAGGGACUUAUGCCUGCUGUCAUUCUACCCCUGCUUUUGACUAUGGUGCUCUUUCUAGGUCCUCUGAUCCAGCUAGCCAUGGAUUGCCCCUGGAGCUUUAUUGAUGGGAUAAAAGUCAUUGUUGACCCAUGCUUCUGGGCACUCUGUCUGAGUGACAUGCGUUGGUUGAGGAACCAGGUGGUGGCGCCAUUGACAGAGGAGCUGGUUUUUCGAGCAUGCAUGCUUCCAAUGCUAGUACCUUGUGCUGGCCCCUCAAUCUCCAUCUUUACAUGCCCACUCUUCUUUGGUGUUGCUCAUUUUCAUCAUGUAAUUGAGCUCCUGCGGUUUGGACAGGGCACUGUCUCAGGGAUUUUCCUCUCUGCAGUUUUCCAGUUCUCCUACACAGCAGUAUUUGGAGCCUAUACAGCCUUUAUAUUCAUCAGGACAGGUCAUCUGGUGGGUCCUGUGCUGUGCCACUCCUUCUGUAACUACAUGGGCUUUCCAGCUCUCAGCGCAGUCCUGGAUCACCCUCAACGCUUUACGAUUCUAUUCUUCUAUGUGUUAGGGGUCAUUCUCUUCUUCCUCCUCCUCUUCCCUAUGACUGACCCGCUCUUCUUUGGUUCGCCUACACCCGUCUGCACUCUGAAAUCCACGCCUGGCUCAAUCUGCUCCUGAUCCCUCUCUCCACCUACACUUCAUCCUGCUUUUUAUUCAUUCCUUAUCCUCAGUUAUCUCCAGGGCCUACAGCCAUUUGAAAAGGAGUGGCUGCUUUUCCCCUGGAUCUACAAUUGGUACUGCCUGAUGAGCAAGGGAUUGCUAGGGAUCAAUUCUGCAGCCUCCGUGAGGUUAGUGGAAGAACUGGGUAAAUGCAAAACGUCCUCAGGUGGAAAUUGCCAUUUGUUUUACUGUUCUGCAUGAAUGACAGUCUUUCAGGCCUAAAUAAUGAUAAAGACUUGCUUUAUAAUACAUGCCUGCAUGCUUAUGACAAUAUUUCUGUGUGUUUAUCUUGAAAUUGGUGCUGGGGAUAAUGAUCAGACACUAUUACGGGUUUACUAAGAAGUUGUACAUGGAAAUGUGCAUUGCUAAAAAUGCAUCCCUUUCCAAAUCCAUUUUUCUAUUAUGAAAUUAGAUUUUUGCUCACGUACACCUGUUUUGACUGGUGCCCUUACUUGAACAGUUUCAUGUUGACCUUCAGCCUCAUGACAGUUUUGGAAGUUACUUAUAUUUUUGGCUUCACCCUCGAUUUUUAUCUAGAAAAUGAAUAAUUUAAUUUUGUACACUUUACGUGUCUGGGGUCUCAUUUAUAAAACUGUGCGCAGGAUCUUUACUAAAAGUGUACGUGUGCCCGAAAGCCAAAAAUAGUGUAAGGCAAAAAAAUAUUCAGACUUAUAAAACCGUGCGUACACACACUUCGAAGCAAUAUUUGGUUUAUAAAUCACAGAUCACCUGCAAGUGUGCGCACGUGCAUCAGCCUCAUAUCCCGCCCUAUACGCGCCCAUUUUUAACCAUAUAUAGUCAAUGCAAAGCACUCAAUGAAUGCUGAUCCGUAUAUUAAUGAGUCUGGCAUCCGACCGCUUGUUAAGGUCAUAUACCGUUUCCGGGGUCCAACCGCUAUUAGAUUGCAUAGGAAAAUAACGAAAAAUGAUGUAAAACUGCCGAACCCCCAUCCAUAGUUGCCAAGUCCGCUUAUAAUACGCGACCUUGGGCUUCUUUUUCUGUCAAGUCGCGUUAAAAAAUCACUUGUUGCGGGUUUUUGGGCUUAUUUUAAAAAAUAUGGUUGCUUGUUCCGAACCUGACAAGCAACUUUGUUUCUUUACAUCUAUGGUCGCUGUUUUGUUCAAUCCAUUAACACUGUCUGCUCGAAGGCAGGCUUUUUGUACUACAUGCGGCAGAGCAUAGCAUCACAGCACUGCGAGAGCUAUUUGAAAGCAUAUAGAGACGUCUACUGUCGAAUCACUCUCGCGGUACUAUGAUGUCACGCAGGAGGUCACACAACAGAUCUAAGCACGUAAAACAACAUAGAGAAGCCAAGAAUGUUACAGUGUUCUCUUCACGUAAUCAUCGGCGCUCUUUGGAUAAUCGGAGGUAAAUAUACUAAACAGAUGAAAUAUUCACUUAAAGAUAAAAAGCAUUUUAUAACCGGGCUACAUCAUUAAACAUGUUAAAAGUGUAGAUCUGCGCGGUUGGCUACACAGCAUUAUUCAAGCCUAAGCACGUGUGAAUAGCGUAAUUUGUCCUCAAACACACCGCCUCCUUUCCCCUACCAACUAAAUGUAUUACAUCUGUGACGAUUAGAAUGUGAAAAUGAACGAAACGUUCAGAUCUGAUCACGGUGCAGCAGGGAGGGAUGGGAUAGGGAGGGAUGACCCUAUUUAUUAGGCUAUAAGGUAAACGUCAGACAUUUUUAGUGUAUUAAAUAAAUGUAUUGAUCAUUGCAGAAUAUGAUUUUAAAAAGUAUACAUCAAAUGCAUAUAGUUCAGUUUUACUUUAUUAUAAAUGUGUGGCUGUUACAGCUACGUUAAGUGGUCAUUAUAUCUUCACCUUUUCCAUCUCUCCAGGCCUAUACUGCUCACAUCAGAGAUUUGCAAUUAAUUUUUGUAAAAUAAUUUAUGUUUGUGUUUUUCAAACAGGGUAGUGUCAGUUUAAAAUGACCCAGGCUCGUUCAUUAAUAAUAAAUAAUUGAUAAUAAAUUAAAUUGAUGAUCAUGAAUAAUGUUGGGCUUGUUUUGGGCUUGUUUUUGGAGCUGCAGUUGCUUAUUUGUCUUGCAAAAGUUGGCAACACUGCCCCCAUCCCAUCCUUUAUCUCCAUAACAAAAGCACAAAUGGCCACACAUGCGAUUCAGUGUGAUUUACAAAUGAAUAAUUAUUAUUUAUUAUUAGAAUUAUAUGAAAGCCAAAGAAGGUCUUUGCAGCAUUUAUGUUUACAGCAAUUAGACUGAUCAUUAACACCUUGCCAAAAUCACAUCAUUAAUUAGUGGUAUCCUUCACCUGAGAUAAAAUUUGAACACAAAUGUAAAAGAGGAAUGUUUCUUCAUUCCGGUUUUGUUAUGAACACCAUUAUAGUUAGGACCGAUAAGGAGGAGAAACGAAUGUGCGAGAGCUUAAUGGCUGUAUUCCUUGACUUUGACAUAUGAUGAAAUAUGCACAAUAUUUAAGAAAAAUAUAUUUAGUUAUUUACACUGUUCUGCAAUUAUCUAAUGGUAUUUGAUGCUGUCCUGUAUUCCAUGUUGUCCGGCCAUCUCCUCCUUAUGCGCUCCUGUAGUGUGAUGCUGAGACAGCGCUGAUUAAACAUUUAGAUUGCAUGGAUGGAUUUCCGUUAAUUGCAGCGAGUCUACGAUGGAUUUCCGUCAACUGCAGGGUUCCUGCCUGUCCUUAAUGUCUUAAAUUCACUUUUCAUAAUUUUAACCCUUUGACGCGUACGAUCAAACCGGUGUGAUCAUUCUAGGCUGGUCCCUGCAGCGUACAAUCACACUGGUGUGAUUAGACAACCCUUUCUCACUCCCGACUUGUCACAUAUUUACGCUCGGUCAGCACCCCACGGCAUCACCUUUGAACUCGCAGGGUACCCCUUUGGCGUCGUUUUUCGACGAACAGGGAACUGCGUUGCUGUUUUCUAAAUGCUCCAGACUGAGAUGCGUGCAUUUCAUAGCAUUUCACUUAACCCCAACCUCACCCUAACCCUAACCAACACAGCACGCGAAUAAAAGUACAGUCACGGGUAUUUAUUGCACAAACUGACCAAUAGCAUUACAAAAUGUAACAAACAACUCGUUUCGAAGACCUUUUUGCACCAAAGCCGUACGAUAACUUUACAUGGAGAUGCCGUGCGUGUCCGUGAAUGCAUGAGGUCGGCACCCAUUUAAAGAUAAACCGGAACAGCUAGAUGCAGUCGGUUGCGGGAGCCAAUACCGUUUCACGUUCAAAGCCAACGAAAUGACGCGAUCGGUCACGAGAUACGGGACAGCCAAUGGCAUCGAAGCUGACGUAACUUCCUCUGGUGGCAAAUUUUGAACGUUCUUCACUGGAUUUGAGAUUUACGGCGGACGAUGAUCGCUUUCGCAUCUGUUCCUCAUACAAAUCGAUCGUUUCGCGUUGGUACCCUUGGAAUAUCUGUAUUUUUGAAUGACAUUGUGACUGCUUGUAUUAUGUGUUUUAUAUUACGAUAAAUUAACUGUUACAUUACUUGCUCAAACUGUCUGAAUAGUGUCAUGUAAACACAAUUAUCCUGGCCAUUAAUCUUAAAUUAAACCCCGAAACAUCAUCAUUGCAAAUUACACUCACCUAAAGGAUUAUUAGGAACACCUGUUCAAUUUCUCAUUAAUGCAAUUAUCUAAUCAACCAAUCACAUGGCAGUUGCUUCAAUGCAUUUAGGGGUGUGGUCCUGGUCAAGACAAUCUCCUGAACUCCAAACUGAAUGUCAGAAUGGGAAAGAAAGGUGAUUUAAGCUAUUUUGAGCGUGGCAUGGUUGUUGGUGCCAGACGGGCCGGUCUGAGUAUUUCACAAUCUGCUCAGUUACUGGGAUUUUCACGCACAACCAUUUCUAGGGUUUACAAAGAAUGGUGUGAAAAGGGAAAAACAUCCAGUAUGCGGCAGUCCUGUGGGCGAAAAUGCCUUGUUGAUGCUAGAGGUCAGAGGAGAAUGGGCCGACUGAUUCAAGCUGAUAGAAGAGCAACUUUGACUGAAAUAACCACUCGUUACAACCGAGGUAUGCAGCAAAGCAUUUGUGAAGCCACAACACGCACAACCUUGAGGCAGAUGGGCUACAACAGCAGAAGACCCCACCGGGUACCACUCAUCUCCACUACAAAUAGGAAAAAGAGGCUACAAUUUGCACGAGCUCACCAAAAUUGGACAGUUGAAGACUGGAAAAAUGUUGCCUGGUCUGAUGAGUCUCGAUUUCUGUUGAGACAUUCAAAUGGUAGAGUCAGAAUUUGGCGUAAACAGAAUGAGAACAUGGAUCCAUCAUGCCUUGUUACCACUGUGCAGGCUGGUGGUGGUGGUGUAAUGGUGUGGGGGAUGUUUUCUUGGCACACUUUAGGCCCCUUAGUGCCAAUUGGGCAUCGUUUAAAUGCCACGGCCUACCUGAGCAUUGUUUCUGACCAUGUCCAUCCCUUUAUGACCACCAUGUACCCAUCCUCUAAUGGCUACUUCCAGCAGGAUAAUGCACCAUGUCACAAAGCUCGAAUCAUUUCAAAUUGGUUUCUUGAACAUGACAAUGAGUUCACUGUACUAGAAUGGCCCCCACAGUCACCAGAUCUCAACCCGAUAGAACAUCUUUGGGAUGUGGUGGAACGGGAGCUUCGUGCCCUGGAUGUGCAUCCCACAAAUCUCCAUCAACUGCAAGAUGCUAUCCUAUCAAUAUGGGCCAACAUUUCUAAAGAAUGCUUUCAGCACCUUGUUGAAUCAAUGCCACGUAGAAUUAAGGCAGUUCUGAAGGCGAAAGGGGGUCAAACACCGUAUUAGUAUGGUGUUCCUAAUAAUCCUUUAGGUGAGUGUAUAUCUAAUAUACAUCAUAAUGACGGUGAAAUUCGCGUGCCCUUCAUGUCAAAAAACGACGCCAAAGGAGUACCCUGCACGUUCAAAAGUGAUGCUGAAGGGCGCUGACCGAGCGUAAAUAUGUGACGAGUAGGGAGUGAGAACAUUCAGCGCUUUGGCUGGCACUGAACCAGAGACAGACUCAAUCCUGCCACAUAUCACAACUAUGUUUUAAUUUGACAGUUAAUCUAGACUAAUUUUAAUUAUUUUGCUCCAUUAUUUUAAACUCUGAUUUAUCUCUCAGUUAGGGAUUAACUUUAAACUUGCUACUGAAGAGGUUUAAAUAAUAAAAAAACACUUCUAUAAUAAAAUAUGCUGUAAAAUUAUCAGAAACAGACACAUAAGCGUCAUGUCAUGCUUCAGUGAUGUGUUUAUUGUAAAUAAAAAUGGAAAUAAUUAAAACACCUCGACAUACGUCGGGGAACAGCGGUUUGAUAUAGUGGGUGAUCGGCUCUGAAGCGUCACGUUUAAGUAAAUUCCGCAAUUUGAAUUAAAAUAAAACUAGGAUCUACAAAACCUUAGAUUAGCUCUAAACUCGGUUUACUUUAGUCUUUGUUGGUGCAAUCCUUCAUUAGAGUUUGUAAAAUACACACUGAUGUCUAUGGAAGCGGCAAUAACAAUCUCCUCAAAUAUAAUUUAAUUGAUGUGUUUUAUUCACAUCAGAUACACAGUAUCUGCAAUGUAAGCAAUUGUUAAGACCACUCUGUUCAUCUACCAGUUCACCAGGCACUUACAUUUGUGUAUUUUGAGAGAGGUGGAUGAAUUCACGUGAUGUAAAUACGACAGAUCUCAGACCGCGGCAGAAACAAACACGGGGUUCACGUGACGUCACACAGCGGUGCGGCCGCCAUUUGUAGGACCGUACAGCAACAUGCGUCUACCUGUGAUAACAGCAAAUCUCAAAGAAAUGGAUUCAUGUUUUACAAUGCCCUCGUAGUACGGACCCUGCGAGGUCCCUGUUGAAGGAAAAAACGCCCGGCAAAUCCGUGGCCACAAUUUUGUUAUUCGUUCCCUCUGUUAAUUUCUUAAAUCUGUAGGCUACCCACAAAUAAAUUCAUAAACCGUGCUCACGCUUUUGAUUCCUUACAAAUGUAAUGACAUAUUUCAGGACCAGUUUAUUUUGGAUGUGUUUAAUGUAAAAAUACAGCAUUCAUUUACUUAACAGAAAGUAAUGAAACAUUUUUAACAGGCUUCAAAGUAAAAUCUAGUAUCAACAAUAAUAUCAAGAAAAGUAAUAAAUAGGCUAAUUAUGAUUUUCGCCAUAAUCGCGCUGGCCUAAAAAAGAAAGUAGUGUGUUUUUUGUGUGAUGUUAUGUUUUUGUUUUACAAUAUAAAAAAUGGAGAGUUUUGAGAUAAUAGAACCUACUGUUGAAGGGUUUCUUUUUAAUAUAUUUAAUUUCACAUGGACUGUGCUGCUAAAAUCUAAAGUCUCAAAAGCCAGUGGACAGAAAACAGUAAUCACGCGCAUCUCUUAAAUGCAGGGCUGCGCUUCAAUGUUUCUCACGUGGAGCUCACGCACAAUAACUUGUGCAAGUUUUUAUUAUUUAUUGAUUAUGAAGUUUCAUAAAAAUAAGAUGAAAUCCCCAUACCAUUAACAAAUAGUUUUAAUUAAUAAACAGGGAUUUAAUACAAAUAAAUAUUUGUUUCUUUACUUAAUAUUGAAAUUAUUAAUUCUAAACAUUUCUUUAAUCUAGUUUCUAUAAAUUCUCAUUUCUAUAAAUGCAAUAUACAACAUUUUAAAAUCCCAAAGUAAAAAUUAGGGUGUAGUUUGCAAAACUGUGGGAAUGGAUGUUGAAAGCGUGAGCACAGUUUAUGUAUUUGUGGUACGGAUUUAAAAAAAUGUAUGGUACUAUUUAAAAAACUGAGUGCACGGAUUGGAAACCCGUCGGUGUGGUUUAUUAAUCUAUGGUCACGAUUUGUUAAACAGAGUGAAUGAAUUACAAAACUGUGGCCUCGGAUCUGAAGUCUUCAUAGGCUCUGUAAAAAGGAGACUCUGUUUUUUUUGGUCCACGCCAAAUAGGUCACGUGUCUGAAAUCCAUGAAUAGCUAACAAGUAUGAAUAUUUUGAGUAAAAAAGAAAAAUGAUGUAAAAGCAAUUCAUCAGUCAUACAGCUGUGUGUGUCACAUGAUAAGCAGUGAUGUGUCGCCAUGGAAAUGUUAAAGUGAUACCUUCUUAAUGGUCGCCUUGGAAUAAGGGCUCUCCUGUUUUUGCCAAGUGGUUGAUGUCCUUAGGACAACAUCAUGUUGACCCUGGGACAACAUUUAAAUCGACCAAUCAGAUUUCAGAAAUAAAUUUACAGUUUAUUUUAAGUUUAAUCUUCCAACCAGGAUUAGGUGCUUCUAGACCAUUGUUUUUCACUUAUCAUUUCCCUCUGAUUUUAGGGGUAAGUUAUGGUUAGGGUUGGGGUUUGGUGUGGGUUUAGGUUUUAUUUAUAAAAAUGUUGUCCUUAGGUCACCAAAAUAUGUUGCCCUGAGGACAUCAACCACUUGGCAAAAUCAGGUCGAGCCUAGUCAAACACUGUAACUAGUCAAACACUGAAACGGGUUUCAGGUGUAGCAAAGCUUCAGCAAAAAAGUGAAAAGCACUCUAGAGGCUUUUGCACAAGAAUAGCACUUUUUGGUCUUUAAUGGUGGAGCUGUUACUUUUUUCGAGUUUCAGAAAACAUUGUUUGUUCUUAUAAGAUAAAUAAAAACAUGCACUGAAAAGUUAUGUAGAUGGUUGAUUAUUUGUCAAGGUAAGUAUACUUUUUCAUAGAUUAAAAAUAGCUUUUAAAAUACGCAAACUGGCAAUAUUAAAGCGGUUUAAAACAUAUCCCCUUAGAACGCUAUUGGUCUCGACUAUUUAAAUAAAAAUAGUUCAAGGAAUAUGACUUGGCCUGAAAAAAAAUCCAGUCAGAAGAAUUAUUGUCACUUUAAUCCAUGAGAUUGAAUUUGAUUUAAGAUUUGCGUUGGAUUUUACAAGAAGGUGCAUGAAACAAUUCAAUACAAAUGCGCAAAUAACACUGCAGAUUUAAUCACCAUUAUAAUGUGGAUCUAACGUAUGAUAUGGAGUGAAAUUAAAUGUGUGUGAGGUAGGGGUGUCGAAAUUAAUCGUUUUUACGAUGCAUCGCGAUGCAAACGAGGACGAUUCGAUAUCGGUUCAGACCAUAACCGGUUAUGACGUACUUACGUUUUUCUGACGUCAUGUCGCAUACGUGCUUUUACUGCUUUAGCACACAAUGGCGGAGGUAGGCGAGAGUAAUUAAAAAUGCUAACUUGAGAAACACGUCAGCCGUUUUCACCCUGAGCUGUUAACGCCUGUCAUUGCCACUGCUGUCUGUGCUCAUCGACUUGCAAUAACAUGCGAUUCCUGGACUUCGGUCGCGACAGAGUGGUAUGUGACAAUAACGGCACAUUACAUUAGCGAGGACUGGGAGAUUACUAUGUUCACACUGCAAGCCUUAAUGCUAAAUUCAGAUUUUUUGCUCAGAUCUGAUUUUUUGUUCGGCUGUUCACACUAUUUUUAAAAUGUGGCCAAUAUCAGAUUCCAGUGUGAACUCGUGAUGGUUAUAAACUGAAUCGUAUGCGCAAAACAACAAUAACACGUAACAGAAAGCACGUUUUCAUACAGAAUUAAGAAAGGGUCUAGUCAGCGGGUGUGUUUGACUUUAUGCGGUGCCGAGCGGAUUGAUCUCACGGCGGGAUUUCAGAGCAUUCCCGGAGCAGUCCGCUCUCGGGCAGUAGAACACACACCUAUAGCUUAUGUUUUACCACCAUGUCAACACGCACGCGAGUGGUGGAUGCAAAGCGAUAAAAGACAAUAGACACCAUUAAUGCGUUUGUCGUAUUGCAUCGCGCCGUAUCCAGUGGCAAGAUUUCUUAUUGUAAUGGAUUCUAUAGUCAUUUGUUACAUCGCAUCGUGCAGUAGACAGUGCAAAGGCUUAUGUUUAUAAUCUGAUGCUUGAUGUUUGGCAGCCGAGCUGUAAAGUGCACUUCCGUCAACAGAAUAGCGCGUGACGCUUUAAAUUAGCGCAGAAAUAUGACGAAGUCGAUCUACAAUGAUGCAAAAGUCGCGUGAAUUCCGAUAUGACCGUUGAGACUGAGGUCGCAUUGCGAAACAUCAGACCUGAAUCUGAUUUAGGACCACAUAUGGAAGUGGCUCAGAUCAGAUUAAAAAAGAUCGGAUUCCAUGUGGCUUGUCCUGUUCACACUGUCAUACAGUAAACAGAUCUGGGUCGCAUAUGAGCAAAAAAUCGGAUUUUGGUGGCAGUGUGAACGCAAACGAGAGCAGUUUAUGAGUCUCACAUGGGUGCUCAUCUGGCAGAGCUACUGUCUCAUGCCCUUAUUGGAUAAAGAUGUAGUGCUUGUGACAGAUAAUAUUUGAUGUUUGAUACAUCGAAGAAGAGCAGGUAAAAUUAAAGGUUCAGUUCAUAUAUCUGACUGCUUGUAUUUAUUGACAAAAUUGUAUACAUGUGAUUGUGAACUAGUAAAAUUGAAAUUUGAGGAUGCAGUGCAUCGUCAAUGCAUCGUAAUAUCGAAUUGAACCGAAUUGAUUACAAGGUAAUCGUAACCGAACCGAACCGUGACACUAGUGUAGGUUCACACCUCUAGUGUGAGGCAUUAAUACUUAUAAUUGUUCUUAUCACAUUUACUUCCUGCAGUCUAACUUGAGUUCACUAAUUCGCUAUUUGUGUCGCCAAUUCCCCUUGUCUCCAGAAUGUGCGUACGCAUGGGUCAGUUUACUUAGAGGUGCGCACAUUCUACCGUCAAGUUUGUUUUUAAUAGAUCACAGAUGGCGAGUUGGUGAACUCAAAUGUGAGAAGAACGAUUUUAAGUAUUAAUGCCUCACACACAUUUAAUUUCACUCUGUAUCAUACGUUAGAUCCAAAUUAUCAUGAAGACUAAAUCCAGCAGUGUUAUUUUCACUUGUACUGCGUGAUAAUGGUUUCAUAAACAACUUCUUGUAAAAUCCAACUCAAAUCUUAAAUCAAAACUAAUUAUAAAUAUUUCAUCAGUGCUGUCUCACCAUCACAUUGUUCACUACGGGACAAUGCGUGCGCAUUCUUUUACUGCACUGUAAAAAAUGACACGGAUAUUUACUUAAAAUAAUUAUGGUAACAAUAUUACACAAAAUAUUUUUAAGUACUUUAAAGCUUAUUUUUAACGCAAUAUUCCAUGAAUAAAUCAAGUACAAUUACCUAAAUUAUUUAAUUUGAGCUUUGGAGUUUUUGAACUUCUUGAUCUUUUUUAACUUCAGUUUAAAAAACAUUUAUUAUUGUUUACAGCAUAUACGAUGUACAAGUAAGCUGAGAGUUGUCUCACAGUACUGGCAUUAGCACCAUUACUGUUCACUGAGUGAAAAAAACACACAUCAUGAGCUCUCCCAUGACCAAAGCACAAGCACCACUCUUCUGAAUGAUGGUAAUCACAAAACUAAAAAAACAGACAGAAUCUCUUCUAAAUCUGCAAGACAACUUAACAAAAAACACUAUCAAGUCUUUCAUUUUAUUGUAUAGCACAUAAAAUAGCACUUUUUCACAACAAAUGACUCCCCUAAUGCUGUCGCAUGCAAAGCAUGCUGGGAACUCUAAAUUCACUGCUCAGUUAGUGAAAUUAACUUAAAUUAAUAAAAUAAUUAAGUAAAGAUCCUUUAUACAAGUUUUAAGUGGGUUGAACAUGACAAAAUUAAGUUGAAUUCACUCAAUAAUUUGUGCAUUUAGAAUUCCGAGUUUUUUUUUAUUUUAACUUAAAUUUUGUUAAAAUUAUACACAGCACACAAUUGUAUUAAGGAAAAUUUACUCAAUUAAUUUCAUGAAAUAUACUACGACACAGAAUUUGUUUACAGUGAAGUGACGCCAAAUAAUACAGGCAGAACAUUUUUAAACUCUUGUUUUCUCUUUUAUACACACAUUUGAUUAAAUAUUUCACUCUUAUUAAUGGAGUUAAUCACUCAAGUGAUGUCUAAAAGUUCAACAAAAGGUAUAGAUAUAUUUCUAGAGCAUGUUCUGCUUUUAAACAUUUUCCAUGUUGCGCAUUUUAGGGGCGGUUUCCCGGACAGGGUUUAAGACUAGUCCCAGACUAACUUAAAUGUUAAAGGUGUCUUGAUCAAAAACCGCUAAAAAUAUCAUUGCCAUUGUUUUGUCUCGAGAUGCACACCAGUAAUGUUUUUUGUAAGAUAUGUUUUUUAAAACGAUUUAAAUAUCCCAAUUUAACUAAGGCCUAGUCCUGGUUUAAGGUAAUCUCUGUCCGGGAAACGCCCCAUAAUGUUUAAAUGACAGCGAGGUGUGCAAGAUCCUCUUAAACUAAAUUGCAGAACUCGUGUUCUAAAACAUAUUUAAUGUAUAUAAAACAUUUCUAGCGAGAACAAUGAUCAACGGUGCGCACUUUGAUAUUAUUGUGGACACAGCGUGAUCCGGUGGUUGAACGGUCCAUUGGCUCAUAUCUUCCACAUGACUCGUGUAUGUCACGUGAAUGGAAAAAUCAUAUUUAAAUGAUAGGCAGAUUAUGUUAUGCAUAGUUAAACUAGCCGUUGUAAACUCCAUAUAUUAUUAUAUCGGGGAGGAGAUUGGGUGGAGAUGCACGUACGCACAGUCUUCCCCUGACUGGGAUUAUACAGGGAAUUAUGCGCAGGUUCUGAUGUACGCAUGGUUUUAUAAAUCUGAAAACUUUUGUGCGUACGGAAAAACUUCCUUUUGUGUGUGCGCAAACAUUAAGGGUGAAAUCUACACAAAGUUUUAUAAAUGAGACCCCUGGUCUUUAGGUACGCUGCUGCAGCAAAAGACAUGAGAACACACAAACUUAAGAGUGUGUAUCUGAAGACGCAGAACUACCCUUGGCACAUUACAUCAUGCCUAAGCCUAGAUAUAAUAAUAGCCGUAUUAUUCUAAAUUGUGAGGCCUUUUAAAGCAUUUUCAGUCCUGUAUUGGGCAUAAGCUAAUAAAAGCAAAGGUUAUUAUUACACCAAAAAAUGCUAAUACUAAUUCAUGUUGAUGUAACAUGUCAUUUAUAAAAUGUUAAGAUAUUUAGUGAUAGGUGUUUUUAAAUCGGAUUCACGGUUCUAUAGCUCAGCUGGUAGAGUGUCACUGAAAUGCAAAGCAAACUUUACAAAAGUUCUUAUGGAAUGCACUGGAAGUGCACUGGAAGUGGACUUGAAAACUUUCAUGUUAAAGAUUAAAGAGUCAUGCGUACCGAUGGUCUCAUCUUUAGUAUUUUCUCGUGUUUAGUUAAAACUGUUCUGCAUGCUGCUACAGUUUAACUUGUGGAUGUAAUGCUAUGUUCAAAUGUUGAUCGUGUAGACACACACAAAAUACCGCUCAUAUACAUUCAUUCAAGUGUUUGCUGUAAUUAAAAAUAGUUUACAUUAACAAAUACGGCUAGCCCAGAUUACAGGCGGCUUUGUACAGAACAUGUAAUGCUAUGUUUAAGGUUAGCUUUGUUAGUUGUUUUUAGUUUCAACCCUUGCUAAAUGUGAAAGCGGAGUAUAUAUUUAGAGUAUAUAAAACUUAAAAUCCACUAUAUUGCUCAUAAUUUUUAAUAUAUUGGCAUGGCUACAGGCAUGCCCCUACAUUCAUUAUAUAGUUUCAAUAAUAGUUUUUUUCCGUUUUGUGAGAGACCAUGCAAAGUAAACUUUAAGCAAUAAUCUCACAAACAGGAUUGAAUCAGGGAUUUCUAUUUAGUGCCAUGCAACUUAAAUUUCCUGUUCACUUCGAAACUAACUUCUUAUUUGGCUUACUGCAAAGAAAACGGUUACCUUUAACAACAGUUAAACUCAUGACUGUCAUGCAAUGAAGAGAAUUCAACACGUUCCUUGUGCGUGUUGUAAUUGCGGUCAACAGAGGGCGACAGAAGACCAUUCUUGUUUGUUUGUGUUUUACACAUUGUUUUCAUAAGGUGUUAUUAAUAGCUUUCACGUGAGUUUUUAUGAAUAGCUUUUUUUUUGUAUAUUUACAUUUAUUAUUGGAUUAGAUAUACUAUACUAUAAAAUACUUAGUUAAAUUAUGCCCUAAUAUGAAUGCCUUGAUAUGCGCUGAAACUUUAAUUUGUCAAUAAGAGUCAUAACUGGGAAACAGAUUGGAUAUCAGAAUUCAAUGGCAUUGAAUUGUGAUUAUUUAAGAAAAGCUACAGGUGCUGUGGCAGAGACAGUUGACUGUUGCCACUUUGAUUAAUUAAUUACCAGUGUAACUGAAAUGACAUCAUCUAGGGAGUUUAGUAUUGAAUGUUUCAAAAGCUUGCUAAAUGUCACUUGCUGCUCGUCUGCACAUGUAUUGCAUUCUCAUUUCCUUAUGUUGUGAAUUUUCUACAGUGAUCUUCUCCAAAUAUUUGUCUUUGCAAGGCAACUUUAUAUUUUACUUUGUAAUAUUAGUGACUCUUUUUCUCUUUGAGUUCAGAAUAUUUACAAUGGUCUUUUUUUCCAAGCAAAAUAGAUUCACCUACAGAUGCUUAGCUGGUCAUAUUUAUAGUAGGACAUAUGUUGAAAUCUAUUUUUACAAAUGUGAAAGUAACUUGAUUGCUAUUUUAGCUCAUUGAAACAUCACCUAGACAAAUGUGUAAUAUUUGAUAAUCGCAACGCAGAUAUUUAGCAAAUAGACUGGUUGGUGUUAAUUACACACUCCUCAGAUGUUUAUACUGAGAGCUAUAUUUUAUAAUCUAUUUUGGUGACUCAGAGAAUAAUGUGCACGCAAGUUAUGUUUGACUAUCGUGCAAUGCAAUUUUCUGCAAUUCACUUAUGGACAAUAGUAUUUUUAUGACAAUCUUUUUGGUUGUAUUUUAAUUCACUCUGCAAAAUGUUGCUGUUUGUAAAUAAACAUUUUUUAAACAUU